AUGCUGGAGUUAGCCGUCUUCCUCCUCUGUUUGCUGCCUAUGACGCCAGGAGCUGCUUCUGGAGGUCUUGAAGAUAAAGUACUGCUGUUUCCACAAAAGACUAACAACAGCUUGGUUGCAAUCACUCCACAAAUACCUCUGAACUUCACAGCUUUUACUCUAUGCAUGCGCGUUACCACAGAGCAGCAAGAACAGAAAGAUGUUAUUCUGUUUGCCUACCAUACUGAUGCCUAUGAGUUUUAUGUUUGGAUUGAUAAAGACGGAGGCACGGGCUUGUAUCUUAGUGGUAAUAAUGAUGCAGUGCAUUUUUCCUUGCCUCCUUCUCUCUUCACCCUCCGCACACACCUGUGCUUCACCUGGAGCUCAUCGACCGGUUUCACUGCCGCUUGGAUGAAUGGACAACGCAGUGUUUACCAGCUAUACAGAAAAGGUCAAGCCAUCCGUCCCGGUGGUGUUGUGAAGCUCGGUCAGUAUCCUAAUAUGGAGAACUUUGUAGGUGAAAUUACAGAUAUGAACUUGUGGGAUGAGGUUCUCACUGCAAAAGAGAUCAAGGGGUUAUAUGCACACACCACAUCAGUAAAAGUGCCAAAAGUAAUUGAUUGGUUCACAGUUGAACCUGAAAUACUACCAGGUAUCAAUGUGGAAGUGAUAAAUGAUGAUGUCUGAUUCCACACACGGAUGUCUUUCUAUUGAGUCUGUUCAUCAUAUACAGUCAUAUAAUUAACCAAUAAAUCAAGAGGUUAUAUGAGGUCUCUCUUAAAAACAUAACUUAAAAUAAAAUGUAUUUAUUAGGUGUUUA